AUGAAAUUAAAGCUUUCAGCAACCGAAUUGUAUAUAUAUUUUUCUUUAUGGAUAUUCGCGAAUGUGUACUCCAUAUAUAAGUUAGUACAAGCGCAAAGGGAUGUCUUAGAAUCAGAGGAGGAACUAUUAUUUUCCUUGAAUGAUUUGCAGAGAGGCUGGAAAUUCAUUGGUAGAUUGCAAGAUGUCUCUGAUAUUGAAUGGAGUAGCUGGAAGUAUUUUUUCCAAAUAUCCUGCAUGUUAAGCUACACAUUAUAUUUACCACUUCUUUAUACUGGUCCAGUUGUUCUUUAUGAAGAAUUUGAAAAAAGCUUUAAAACCAAGAGAGAAAAUUUAAUUACAAGAUUGAAAAAAUUUGCAAUAGAUAUGACAUUUUUUCAGCUAUAUAUUUUUAUCUUGGAUUUUGUUUUCCAUUAUAUUUAUUUUUUUGCAAUGCAAAAUAACAUGGAGCUGAUAAGAAAAUUACCUACUAUUGCUUUAUGUGGUGGAGGACUAUGGAUGGGUUUAGAGUUUCAUAUGAAAUAUGUAAUUUCUUAUGGAACAGCGGCAGCUUUCACUAGACUUGAUAACAUAGAAGCACCACCAACACCAAGAUGUAUUGCUAGAAUUCAUGUAUACUCACAGAUGUGGAGGCAUUUUGAUGUCGGACUCUACAGGUUUUUGGUGAAGUACAUUUAUAAACCUGGUUAUUCCAUUUUAAGUCAAUAUUACAAAUUACAGAAGAUCACAUAUAAAUUAUUGGCAUCACUUGCAACUUUUUUAUUUAUUUUUGUAUGGCAUGGAACUGUUUUGCACAUACUUAUAUGGUCUAUAUUAAAUUACUCAGGCAUUACAUUGGAACAUAUGGGAAAAGUUUUUUCAAAACAUGAUAUGUAUACAAAAUUUAGGGUAAAUAUUUUAAGAACUGAGGCUAUGGAGACUAGAUUUAUUGCAUUCCUGUGUUCACCGUUGUUGGCCUUGUCUGCCAUCUCCAAUUUCUAUUUAUUUGGAGGCAGUGAAGUUGGGAAUCUUUUUUUUGAAAGUUUUACACAACCAUCACUUCUAAAUUCUAUCAUCCUGAUAGGAUCAUUAUAUUGUUGUUGCCAUGUGUCAAUGGCAUUAGAGGAAGUACCAUCGAGAGGUGGUUAUAAGAAAAUC